AUGCCGAGAUCAGCGGACACAGGAGCUUCUGGUUUGAAUUCCUCGCCGCUCGCCCGGUCGAGGCGGCGCUUUGCUUUGCGCUGCGGCGGGCGCAGCUGGCUCGGCAGAAAGGAGUACUGGGAUGCGGCCUAUGCUUCGGGGCGCUAUGCGCAGACCUACGAGUGGAACCAGACCUGCGAAGUGAUCUGGCCGUUCGUUGAGAAGCUUCUAGAAAACAGACACGGCAGCAAAGUACUGCACGUGGGCUGCGGCAACAGCCGCCUUGGAAGAAAGCUGGUCGACGCCGGCUUCAGGAAUGUCAUCAACGUGGACUACAGCUCCGAAGUCAUCGACAUGAUGCGUAAGCAGGAGCCGGAGCUCACGUGGUGGUGCCUGGACUGUGCGGAGCCCGGGGCGCUGGGCGAGGACGAGUUCGACGCGGCCAUCGACAAGGGGGCCUUGGACUCGCUCUUCGAGGCGGGCUCGGAGGCCCUGCGCCAGCGCGGCGGCGCCAUGGCGGCCGAGGUCCAUCGCGCGCUGAAGACUGGAGGGAAGUACCUGAUCAUCAGCAACGGCGGCCUGGGCUCGGAGGUGUUGGCGACUCUGUUCCGGAAGGUGGAAAGUGAGGAGAUCGAGGGCUACACCUGUGACCUCUACUACAAGCUCGUCACCAUCCUCCUGUGCACGAAAUGA